CAGACUUCCGGACGGGGAGAGAGAGAGAGAGAGAGAGAAAGAGAGAGAAAGAGAGGUCUUACUUGUAUUAUGGCCCAAAACCCUGUCUUCUCUCUGUCUCAUUCUCUUUCUCUCUCUCUCUCUCUCUCAUUCUCUUUCUCUGUCUAGAUACUCUCUCUUAGACUUUGUCUCCCUCCUUGAUCUGCAAACUCAAAAGCUCUCAUCUUUUUUUAUGUUCUUCUCUCUACGUCUCUUUCUGUCAAAUGGGUUUGUGUUAUUUUCACUUGGGUUGAACAAGCCUCGUGAUUUAAGGCCUUAGAAGGAGAAUUGGUUGUAAGGGGCAUUGUCAAUCCCAAUUUGGAGUGCACGGAUUUGGUUUUUGUUUUGAUGGAUUUGUACCAGUUUUAAUUAGUUUGGCUGAUAUUGGUUAGAAAUGGGAAGGAUAAGAGAGAGGCUUCGCCGGAGCCACCUUUACACAUUUUCUUGUCUUAAGCCACAACAUGCCAAGGGGCAAAAUCAAGUCCAAGGCCCUGGAUUCUCAAGAACAGUAUUUUGCAACCAACCUCUUCUCCAUAAGAAGAGUCCCUUCAAGUACCGCUCUAAUGCCAUAUCAACCACAAAGUACAAUUUUUUUACGUUCUUGCCCAAGGCACUUUUUGAGCAAUUCAGAAGGGUUGCCAACUUGUAUUUCCUUUUGGCCGCACUUCUCUCACUUACACCGGUUUCUCCAUUUUCUCCUGUAAGCAUGAUUGCUCCUUUGGUAUUUGUUGUUGGGCUCAGUAUGGCAAAGGAAGCUCUGGAAGAUUGGCGUAGAUUCUUGCAGGAUAUGAAGGUAAAUCUCCGGAAGGUAAAUGUUCAUGUGGGAGAUGGUGUCUUUAAUUAUAAGCAAUGGCGUCAAAUUGUGGUUGGAGAUGUGUUGAAAGUGGAAAAGGAUCAAUUCUUCCCUGCAGAUCUACUUCUCCUGUCCUCAAGUUACGAGGAUGGAAUUUGUUAUGUGGAGACUAUGAACUUAGAUGGUGAGACAAAUUUGAAGACAAAGAGAUCUUUGGAAGCAACAUUGCCUUUAGAUGAUGAUGGGACUUUCAAGGAAUUCACAGGGAAAAUCCAAUGUGAAGACCCAAACCCAAAUCUUUACACCUUCGUGGGCAAUUUAGAGUAUGAUCGCCAGGUUUAUCCUCUUGAUCCCAAUCAGAUUCUCCUCAGGGAUUCAAAGCUCAGAAACACAGCAUAUGUGUAUGGGGUGGUGAUAUUCACUGGUCAUGAUAGCAAAGUCAUGAUGAAUUCAACAAAUUCCCCUUCAAAAAGAAGCAGAAUAGAACAAAAAAUGGACUACAUUAUAUACCUCCUUUUCACACUCCUUGUUGUGAUUUCACUGGUCAGUUCAAUAGGUUUUGCUGUGAAGACAAAGAAUGACAUGCCAGAUAUGUGGUACCUUCGACCUGAUGAUACUGAAGAUAUGUAUGAUCCAGAUAAAUCUGCCGUUUCUGGGCUUAUCCAUCUGGUCACUGCUCUCAUCCUUUAUGGAUAUUUAAUACCCAUCUCGCUUUAUGUUUCAAUUGAGGUUGUGAAGGUUUUGCAAGCUACCUUUAUUAACCAAGACAUAGCAAUGUAUGAUGAAGAGACUGGAAAUACUGCUAAUGCACGGACAUCAAAUCUGAAUGAGGAGUUGGGUCAGGUUGAGACAAUCCUUUCUGAUAAAACUGGCACACUGACCUGCAAUCAGAUGGACUUUCUGAAGUGUUCCAUUGCUGGUACUGCAUAUGGUACAAAAUCUAGUGAAGUUGAACUUGCUGCCGCGAAACAGAUGGCUGAAGAACAGGAUGAAGAUCUUUCCAAUUUUCCCAUGCAUAAAGAUAGUAAAUCAUCAGAAAUUGAAUUGCAGACUGUUGUUACUUCCAAUGACAGGAAAACUGCCAUAAAGGGGUUUAGUUUCGAGGACACCCGUCUCAUGGAUGGAAAUUGGGUGAAAGAACCGAACAGCGAUGUAUUAUUAAUGUUUUUUCGUGUAUUGGCAAUUUGUCAAACAGCAAUUCCGGAGCGAAAUGAAGAGAGUGGCUCUUAUACAUAUGAAGCAGAGUCACCUGAUGAAGGGGCCUUUCUUGUUGCAGCAAGAGAAUUUGGUUUUGAGUUCUGCAAAAGAACUCAAUCAAGUGUGGUUAUUCGUGAAAAGUACACUUCAGGGCACCCAGUUGAAAGGGAGUUCAAAAUUAUGAACGUGUUGGAAUUCACUAGCAAAAGGAAACGAAUGUCUGUAAUUGUGCAGGAUGAGGAUGGGCAGAUUCUUGUUCUUGCCAAAGGUGCUGACAGCAUCAUGUUUGAACGUCUGUCAAAGAAUGGAAGAAUGUAUGAGGAAACUACUACUAGGCAUCUGAAUGACUAUGGAGAAAAUGGGUUGCGUACAUUGGCACUUUGUUAUAAAAAGCUAGAGGAAGCUGAGUAUUCUGCAUGGAACACUGAGUUUCAGAAAGCAAAGACAUCCAUCGGGGCUGAUAGAGAUGCAAUGCUUGAGAAAGUAGCUGAUAUGCUUGAAAGAGAGUUCAUCCUCGUUGGUGCAACUGCUGUGGAGGACAAAUUGCAAACUGGGGUGCCCCAGUGCAUAGACAAACUUGCGCAAGCAGGUCUCAAGAUCUGGGUUUUGACAGGGGAUAAAAUGGAAACUGCAAUAAACAUAGGAUUUGCUUGUAGUUUACUCCGACAGGGCAUGAAGCAGAUCAUUAUAUCAGCAACAAGUCAAGAUGCAUUAGCACAAGAUAGCAAAGAGACUUUUCUGCUUUUGGCCUCUCAUCAGGCUGUGAAAGAGAACAUUUUGAAUCAAAUUACCAAUGGCUUGCAAAUGGUCAAGUUGGAGAAAGAUCCACAUGCUGCAUUUGCCCUAAUUAUUGAUGGGAAGACUCUAACCUACGCGUUAGAGGAUGAUAUGAAGCAGCACUUCUUGGGAUUAGCAGUUGACUGUGCAUCUGUAAUAUGCUGCCGUGUCUCUCCCAGGCAGAAGGCAUUGGUGACAAGGUUAGUAAAAGAAGGAACUAAUAAAACUACCUUAGCCAUUGGUGAUGGUGCGAAUGAUGUUGGAAUGAUACAAGAGGCUGACAUAGGUGUUGGCAUUAGCGGGGUUGAAGGGAUGCAGGCUGUGAUGGCUAGUGACUUCUCUAUAUCACAAUUUCGCUUUUUGGAGAGACUGUUGGUGGUUCAUGGACAUUGGUGUUACAAAAGGAUUGCUCAGAUGAUUUGCUAUUUCUUCUACAAAAAUAUAGCAUUUGGACUCACCCUUUUCUACUUCGAGGCAUUUACGGGCUUUUCUGGGCAAGCAAUGUAUGAUGACUUGUACAUGCUAUCAUUCAAUGUCAUUCUUACCUCACUGCCUGUCAUUUCACUUGGAGUAUUCGAACAAGAUGUUUCUUCGGAUGUCUGUCUACAGUUCCCUGCACUGUAUCAGCAAGGAAGCAAAAACUUAUUCUUUGAUUGGUAUAGGAUACUGGGAUGGAUCGGCAAUGGUGUCUAUUCCUCCCUUAUCAUCUUUUUCCUUAACAUUAUAAUAAUGUACGACCAGGCUUUCCGUAAGGGAGGUGAGACAGCUGAUAUUGCUAUCAUGGGAUCCACUAUGUUCACUUGCAUCAUCUGGACUGUCAAUGGCCAGAUUGCUCUAAUAAUGAGCCACUUUACAUGGAUUCAGCACGUUCUAGUCUGGGGCAGCAUUGCAAUGUGGUACCUAUUUCUCUUACUUUAUGGCAUGGCAUCUCCAUCUUACUCCGGCAACUCCUACAAAAUUCUAGUUGAAGUUCUUGCCCCGACACCUAUUUUUUGGUUGUCCACCCUUUUAGUAACAUGUGUUUGUUGUCUCCCUUACUUUGUCCACAUAUCCUACCAAAGAUGUUUCAACCCAAUGGAUCAUCAUAUCAUACAAGAGAUCAAAUACUAUAGGAAAGAUGUUGAGGACGAACACAUGUGGACCCGCGAGCGUUCAAAAGCAAGACAAGAAACCAAGAUCGGUUUUACAGCGAGGGUUGAUGCCAAGAUCAGGCAGUUGAGAGGAAGGCUGCACAAGAAACACUCUACCUUGGCGUUGGCUGCCCAUGGUACAAUGUCAACGUCUUGACAAUGUCCGUUUCCAGUUUUGCAAAUUUAAUUUUUAGGGUAAUCCGCUUGUUUGCAGUUUUUUCAUAUAGUAGCCUUUUCUAAGCCAUUUAUAGAUAUAUAUAUAUAUAUAUAUAUAUUAUCAAGUGGGGUUUGCCCAAGUCCCAUUCACUACCAAGAAAAGAAAAAAAAAAAAAGUAAAAAAAAAAAAAAAAAAGAAAAAGAAAAAAAAGAAGAAGCAUUGGUAGCUGUUUGUUUGUACAAUAUUUUUUAUAAGAACCCUUAGCAGCUUGAUAGAAUUGUUGAUGUCCAGAAUCUGCUGUUUUUAAGCUGCCCUAUGAUUCUUCCAAAACCAGUCCUCAAACAAACAUUAGGAUUCAAGUGCCAACAAUUCAGAGCAACCUCAAAGUAGCCAAGGGAAUCUGCUGUAAUUUUCUUAUAUCUGUAGGGUUUUUAGGUUUAGGAAUUUAACCAUCCAAGCUUCUUAUACGUGUAGCAGUUUAUAGAAUAAAGUGGCAGAAGAAAAUUAUCUGUGUU